UAAAAUAAAUAAAAAAAUAUAAAGGGCUCUCUGCAAUCCUAUGGCCAGAGUGGAGGGAAGAAGAUUAUUUGGCCUAGGCUUCCGCGUCUGCUUUAGUCAUGCCAAACACGUAGCUUUGUUCUUUCUCCAUAAUUAAUAUUAUGCUGAGCCUAUCUCUAAUUAGUAGUUUCAAAUGGAUUAUAAGCUGCAGUAACUGAAUGUUUGGACAUAAUUAUAUGCCAAAGGGACUAUACUUUUUAAUUGAAAUUCUUUAGCUACUUUUUAGAAAGAAAGCUGUUUGGACACUGAAGUUCAGUGAAGUGAGUCUGAAGAUACUUGUUAAAGCAAAUGGAAUUUUAUACCCUGGAACAACUACAUCCAGGGUUUGUGCAAAUUAUUACGGAAAUGAGCUUGACCAUAAUUCCGUGUGUUCAGCACUGAUAAAGAGGUUUUAUUUUUGGAUGUUGCUUUGUAAUUAUAAAAAUGUUUGAAAUAAUCAACAGUGAAAGAGAAGUUCAGCAUGUAAAGGAUGUCAGUGAAAAACGUUAAAGAAAAUUUCUUCUGCUUUGUCAUGAAAACAACACUGGACUGAAAUGCAGGGACCUAGUUUCCUCUGCUCCUUGUGGUGCCACCUGGGCCGUGUCGUUUAUUCUCACUGAGCGUAAGGUUUCUUAUUUCUCAAAUGAGAAGCAUGAACUGUAUCAUGUGUGGUGAAGGACCAGUUUUGAAUUUCCAGUCUGCCGAGGACCAGCACCACAUAGCCUCCACGAGCUUUAACCUCCCAAGAGACUGACCUACAGUAGUGGCCACGUCAUCGGAAUUCCUAAGGAAACAGUCUCGGAAUCUCAUCCUUUGCACAAGAUUUGGUGGAGGUGUAUGUUUUUACAAAGUAGGCAGUAGAAGUGGCUUUGGAAGUCAGGCUUCUCUUCAGCUUAUCAAGUAUGGGGUUAUUAGCACUAGUACUUUGAUUGAAGACCUCCUCAACUGGAAUAACUUAUACAUUGCUGGAAGACUCCAGAAACCGGUGAAAAUCGUAGCAAUGAAUGAGAAUGUGGCUCUUAGGUCAGCCCUUGAUAAAAAUCUGAAAAGUGCUGUGACUGCUGCUUUCCUCAUGCUCCCCGAAAGCUUUUCUGAAGAAGACCUGUUUUUGGAGAUUGCUGGUCUCUCCUACUCAGGUGACUUUCGCAUGGUGGUUGGAGAGGAUAGGAUGAAAGUGUUGAAUAUUGUGAAGCCCAACAUAGCCCACUUUCGUGAACUCUAUGGCAGCAUUCUACAGGAGAACCCCCAAGUGGUGUAUAAAAUCCAGCAAGGCAGCCUGGAGAUAGAUAAAAGCCCAGAAGGACAAUUCACUCAGCUACUGACAUUGCCUAAAACCUUACAGCAGCAAAUAAAUCAUAUUAUGGACCUUCCUGGAAAGAACAGAGAUGUGGAAGAAACCUUAUUACAAGUUGCUCAUGAUCCCGACUGUGGAGACGUGGUGCGACUAGCGCUCUCAGCAAUCGUGAGACCUUCCAGCAUGAGACAGAGCACGAAAGGCAUUUUCACUGCUGGCCUGAAGAAGUCAGUGAUUUAUAGUUCACUAAAACUACAUAAAAUGUGGAAAGGAUGGCUGAGAAAAACAAUCUGAUUUUGCUCACUUUUAUCUGUCUUAUGUGUAGAUGAAUAAAAUGAUCCUUUUUGACAGAA